AUGAACGAUAUUCUUCUGCCCAAUGAAGGAAAAUGUGAUGAGAAAAAUAUUCAUUUAUCAAUAUCGAAUAUUAGUAUGGAACAUGAUGAUGAAGGACAAGAAAUAGAACAAAGCAAAAAUCCACUGUUAUCAUCAUCUUCAUCGUCCGCCGAUUCUCAAACGACAACUCCAAGCAUUUUAAUGAAUAAAUUAGAAAUGAAACAUCCUUUAGAAGAUCAAUGGUCAUUUUGGUAUUUGAAAAAUCAAGCAAAUAAAGACUGGCAAGAUAAUUUAAUGAAAAUUGCUACAUUUGGCUCUGUCGAAGAAUUUUGGGCAAUUUAUCCGGGCUGCGAUUAUAUGCUGUUUAAAAGUACAAUUUUACCAUGUUGGGAAGAUCCAGCAAAUACCAAUGGUGGCAGAUGGGUACUCUAUUUUUCGAAAAGUGAACAAAUUUUAAUCGAUUUAGACGUAUGCUGGUUAGCUUCGAUGUUAGCUUUAGUAGGUGGACAAUAUGCAAAAGAUACAUCAUAUGUUAACGGUGUUGUGUUAUCAGCAAGAAAAAAUUGUGAUCGUAUUGCAUUAUGGACUCAAACGGCUCACGAUGAACAACUAAUUCAUCGUAUAGGUCUUGAUAUUAGCUUUAACAGUAUAUCGGAUGAAGGGGCCAAAGCAGUUGCAGAAGCAUUGACAGUAAAUUCAACAUUAGCAAGUCUUGAUAUGGAAGGUAACUGUAUAUUGACAGAAGCGUUCAAAGCAGUUGCAGAAGCAUUAAAGGUGAACACAACACUAGCACGUCUUAAUAUUAGAAGUAACACUAUAUCGGAUGAAGGGGCCAAAGCAGUUGCAGAAGCAUUGACAGUAAAUUCAACAUUAGUAAGUCUUGAUAUGGAAGGUAACUGUAUAUUAACAGAAGGGUUCAAAGCAGUUCCACAAGCAUUGACAGUAAAUUCAACAUUAGCAAGUCUUAAUAUUAGAAUUGCAGGAGCAUUAAAGGUAAACACAACACUAGCAAGUCUUAAUAUUAGAAGUAACACUAUAUCGGAUGAAGGGGCCAAAGCAGUUGCAGAAGCAUUGAAGGCAAACACAACAUUAGCAAGUCUUAAUAUUGAAUAUAACAGUAUAUCAGGUGAAGGGGCCAAAGCAGUUGCAGAAGCAUUGACAGUAAAUUCAACAUUAGCAAGUCUUGAUAUGGAAGGUAACUGUAUAUUGACAGAAGCGUUCAAAGCAGUUGCAGAAGCAUUAAAGGUGAACACAACACUAGCACGUCUUAAUAUUAGAAGUAACACUAUAUCGGAUGAAGGGGCCAAAGCAGUUGCAGAAGCAUUGACAGUAAAUUCAACAUUAGUAAGUCUUGAUAUGGAAGGUAACUGUAUAUUAACAGAAGGGUUCAAAGCAGUUCCACAAGCAUUGACAGUAAAUUCAACAUUAGCAAGUCUUAAUAUUAGAAGUAACAGUAUAUCGAAUGAAGGGGCUAAAGCAAAUAUAUCGGCCGAAGGAGCGAAGGCAAUUGAAGAAGGGUUGGAAAUUAACAGAACAUUAGCAAGUCUUGAUAUUAGCAGUGACAAUAUAUUCGAAGAUUGGAACAACGCAAUUGAAAAAGAAGUGAAGAUUUUAUAUUAUGAUAAACGGUCUGAAACAGAUCAUACAGGAAAGAGGACGACAAAAUUAAAGACUACGGGAAGAAAAACGCUAAUUACAAUGUAUAGUGGAAGAUUGUUUGACAGUGUCGGCAGCGAUGUACCCAGCACUAGACCAGAGGUAUGUUACUGUCGUACUCCACAAACAAAAAAACCCAAGUGCAAUGGAAACAUCGAAGAAGUUUCUUUGCAUAGAGAUAAAAUAAUGGGCAUAGCAUCUACAAAAGGGUCGCUAGGCAAUGUCACAUUUGAAAAUCCGUUACUCCUAACGGAAGCCGCCUUACAACAAUUGCAAUCGUCGGAUAGAAAAGACGUUCCCAUGUCGUAUCAACAAAUAAUAAUCAACAAAAGAAAAUCGAUUGAAAAAUUAGAAAAAUUUUUUUCUAAAUAUUCCUAUGUACCUGUUUGCGAAUUAACGCGAAAUGAUGUUGAAAACUGCUAUGUUAAUAAUUCCAAACAUGUUUUAUCAUGUUCAAAUUUAGCCGAAAAGUUUAUUAAGUGUGACAAUAAUCAUUACAAUGAUCAAAAACAAAUAUUGUGCGGUACUGAUACUGGUAAAAUCUACAAUAUAAAAAAUAUUUCAUAUAAUAAAAAUACAGAUGAACAAGAACAUCAAACAAUCAAAACCGAAUUAUUAGGUCACACAAAACUUGUAUCUGAUCUAUGCUAUUAUGACAAUGGUGAAAAAUAUAUUUUAUCAUGUUCAGCUGAUUGUGAUAUUCGAUUAUGGGAAUUAUUAAAUCAUCCAUCAUCAACUUCCUAUCGACCAGUAACAAUUUAUCGUAGUCAUUUAUCUCCGGUAUGGUGCUUAGAUACACACAAAACAAGUGGUUAUUUUGCAUCAGGUUCAAUGGAUUCAACGAUACGUUUGUGGACAAGUGAACGUGUAUAUCCAUUACGUACAUUUGUUUAUCAUAUCGAUGAUAUAAAUACAGUUAAAUUUCAUUCAAAUGGAAAAUAUUUAGCAUCCGGUUCAUCAGAUGGUCAAAUUUUAUUAUGGUCAAUUAAUGAUGGUCAAUUAGUUCGAAUAUUAAAUAUACAAACAAAUGAUAAGAUAUCUAUUGAAAAAUUAUUAUUUUCAUCCGAUGGACAUUAUCUAUUUUCAUUAGUAACAAAACAGAAUCAAACAAUGUCAGAUAUUUGCAUGUGGGAUAUACGAACAGCAAAAGUUAAAAAAAUAGUGGAAAAUAUACCGUAUACAAGAUGUAUUUCAUUAUGUGAAUUAAGAAAUGAAAAUACAUUUGUCACUGGCUAUGAAAAUGAAUUAUUAUUUUUUAAAAAGGAUGAGAGUAAUGAUGAUAGUUUUCGACUGAUGUUAACUAUCGAUUGUCGUUUAUUGAAUGUAUCUCAUAUUGAGAAAAAUAAAGUAUUUGCUCUUGUGACUGAUGUGGAAUGA